UACGGCUUGCCGUUCAUGAAGCUCGUGGGAACAACGGAUGCAUCGUUUCUCGAGAAUCGGUUCACUUAGAAGGUGCCGAUCGAGAUGAACCAUAGCAUCCCUAAAGUUCUCGCAGUCGUAGAGGCCCACCAUCCUGUUGUACCCCUAUUCAACUCCAACCCUGAAGUCUUUGACUCUAUCCGCCAGCUGGCGAUUGAAUCUUUCCCCGGGACGGUUGGAUGCGAUGUCUUGCGCAUUGGCUAUGAAUCGGAAGGCCAGAAGCCUAUUACUCUGAUCAUCAAGGUGAAGCCGGAUAUGGUAUCGUGGGAACAAGGAAGCCGCUUGGCACACGACAUGGAACGUUUGCUGCGCCGAUUCAACAUCUCCGAUGUCCGUUGCGAGGUAUACGAGGCGCCUUUCUGUCCGUACGGGGGUGGAUCUUCGGCGACGGCACGAGAAGUUCCGGAGACUCUUUCUACCGGAUCCCAAGAAGCGCGAGAUGCCGUCGCCGAUGAGUUUGCAACGCUAGAGGUUUCCGACAGCUCGUCUACGGCGCUGCAGACCGUGGGUGUUUCUGUCGACGUCCGGUCAACAUGCAAAGAGGCCGUUGAAGCCCAAGCUGUCGAGGAUGUCGCCAACACCGGUCUCUUCUUGUCGACGGAAGGUCUGUGGGACUUGAGGUGUCGAUUCGCGGCCGUGUUCCGUAACGACGUAUUUCAGUUCACACCGUACCUGAGCCCGUCUAUCGGCGCCAUGUCUAAUCCUGGUAUCUCUGGUUCUUCUGGUCUCCAUGCGCAUUUGCUUCAAAACUGCGGAUACAACGGGAUACGACGCAUUCCUAUCAUGAUCACGGCCCGCCAUGUCGUCUGCUCAAAAGGAGACACGCGGGUCGUUAGUCAACUCGGAAUCUCCGAAUCUCCGAGCGAGCCUAUACGAGUAGUCCAACCGAGCCAAGGACGGCUCGACUCCAUCUUGCCGGAACUUGCAAAAGCGUUGGAUGAUCUUGACCAAAACAUACAUCAUCUCGAGGAAUGGGUUGACCCGGCGGAAAGGAAUGAGCACCAGGCAGAAAUCCUCAGCGAUACCGCUCUCUCGCGGGAACGCUGCAAGACAUUCUUGGAGCACUGCGAGUCCCAUAUCCAGCCUGCCAGCCGCAACGUAGGCAACGUUAUAGCUUCACCCGCCAUCGGGGUCUUUCGUAAUACCAUGCGCGAUUGGGCAGUGGUUCAAUUCCACUCGUCGAUUCUCACUCCGCUCCAUGCUCGUAAUCUCGUCAAUGUUACAAACAUCCCUAGGGUACAACUUGCGUGUGCGACGGAUCAGGACGGGGUCAUGGAAAUCAAGACUUACUUUACUCGAGAGGCUAUCGUCGAGCGAGACCCAAGUCUUCCCAACCGUCUCACUUCCGACGACGCGGGUAUCCCUAAGCGGGGAAACAUCGAGGCGUACAUGGUUGGUGGCUCUAGUGGUGGGUCUUGGGGAACAAUCAACUCUAUGAUGUCGUACAACUGGGAAUCCUCUUCCACAAUCGAAUUUUAUGCCGUUAUAGCGGGUAAAAAAGUCCACACGUUUAGCGACAAAGGAGACAGCGGAUCUGUCGUAUUCUCGGUUCUCCCUGCCCGCCUCGCAUCUUCGACGUUUCCCUUAUCGCCUUCGCGUCGGGGUGCCCAAUCUAUGGAAAGACCUGUGCCAGGUGUGAUAGGUAUGCUCUGGGGAGGUCAUAAUUAUGACUACCACUCCAGGAUCGAAUACGACAUCAGUUUCGUUAUCCCGUUCGAGAGCAUUAAGGAAGAUAUCGAGGAAUUUACCGGAUGUCGCCUCGAGUUUGGUACGGAGUCCCAGGAGGUCUAAAGGGGUAUAGGAUUUGCUACGCAUGCCACCUUUUUUUUUUUUUCGUUUUUCUUUUGUUUGGUCGGCAUUAGCUAGUCGCAUCGUUUCUUAGGUAGGGGUGGGCGGGGUCGUAACAGAAUGCUAUAUCUAAUAAAUACCUACUAAAUUAUCUGAUCUCGCUG